AUGGCGAAAUCCAUGAGUCUCCUUGCCGCUGGCGCUGCUGGCGCCUACCUCUGCAGCGAGGCCUUUGUGCCAGGUGUUGGUGUUGCACGUGCUCAGGCAAACCAGGCACCAAUCUCUCAGAUCCGCAAGAGCAGCAGCGGAUUCGCCACCAGCACCGUUCUGGGUGUGGCCGCUGCUGGCGCAGUGGCUGCGGCCACUGGUGGCGCUGCACGCGGACGCAAGACUGUGUGCAGGUCCUUUGAGAAUGAGUCCGGCGUGACCCUGCCCUUCAAGUUCUUUGAUCCUCUGGGCAUGUCCAAGGAUGGCGAUGCAGAGACCUUCCGGCGACGUCGUAUUGCAGAGAUCAAGAACGGCAGAGUUGCCAUGUGGGCCUGCAUGGGUUAUAUUGUUCCUGAGUACUUCCGAUGGCCCGGCUACUGCUCUCCAUCAACAGACUUGAAGUUUGCCGACAUUCCCAACGGAAUCCAGGCCUUGUACAAGCUGCCUGCCGAGGGCUGGGCACAGAUCGCUGUCUUCAUUGGCUUCUUGGAGCUCUUCCCUGGAAGGCAGGAGGCAGAUCGAAUCCCAGGUGACUUGGUUGGCUUCGGGAAGCUCGGUUUGCCGCUGCCCAAGAAGGCCGAGCCUGAUGUCAAUAGCCGAUCCCUGGAUGCUGAGAUCAACAACGGACGAUUGGCGAUGGUGGCCAUCACUGGGAUGAUCUCCCAGAAUGCCUUCUUCGGCACCACCGGGCCUGACAUGUGGCUGCCUUCCUCCGCCUUUGAAGGCGAGUUGGGCGUGCAGGCACCCGUGGGGUUCUGGGACCCCUUGGGCCUGUCUGCUGAUGGCGACGUCAGAGCCCCAUGUAGCGGAGUUGACACCUUCAAGCGCCGCCGCGCCGCGGAAUUGAAGCACGGACGCAUUUGCAUGUUGGCAUGCGUUGGCUACAUCGUCCCUGAGUACUUCCGCUGGCCCGGCUACCUCUCUCCAGAGAAGGGCAUCAAGUUCGCUGACAUGCCUCAUGGCAUUGCGGCGAUCUCCAAGGUGCCUCUGGAGGGCUGGGUUCAGAUCGUGCUCUUCUUGGGCCACUAUGAGGGCUACUUCUGGCGCCAGGACCCAAAGCGUGCCCCAGGUGACUAUGAAGGCUAUGGCUUCCUUGGUGCUGGCAAGAACUUCAUCUUCAACUUCGAGCCUAUUGAGUUCAAGGACCCCGAGGUUCGCAAAACCAAGCUGAGAGCCGAGAUCGCCAAUGGGCGACUGGCGCGGGCCUUGGUGAACUCCUUUCGGGGCGAUGGUUGCAUUGAUGGCCAUGCUCUUCCAGAAUGGCACUGUUGGCACCACUGGCCCAGCCAUGUGGCUGCCACCGGCAUAGGUUCACAGCGCAGCUUUGCACACCACAUCCAAAAGGCCAAGAAUUUGAGCCUCCUGGCCGCUGGCGCAGCUGGCGCCUACCUUUGCAGCGAGGCUUUCGUGCCUGGAGCCGCUCCUAGCACUGCACAGGCUGCCAGCACCUCCCACCUUCGGGGCUUGUCCCGUGGCAGCAGCAGCAGCAGCGGCCUUGUGACCAGUGGUGCUGCUGCCCUGUGCAUCGUGGCAGCCGGGGCGGCGCGAAGUCGCAAGACCACAGUGUGCAAAUCCUUCGAGAACGAAUCUGGUGUCACUCUGCCUUUGAAGUUCUUUGAUCCUCUGGGCAUGUCCAAGGAUGGUGAUCAAGACACCUUCCGCCGCCGACGCAUCGCUGAGAUCAAGAAUGGUCGCGUCGCCAUGUGGGCUUGCAUGGGUUAUAUUGUUCCAGAGUACUUCCGAUUUCCUGGCUACUGCUCUCCCUCAACAGACCUGAAGUUUGCGGACAUCCCCAACGGCAUCCAGGCGCUGUACAAAGUGCCUGCAGAGGGCUGGGCGCAGAUCGCUGUCUUCAUCGGCUUCUUGGAGCUCUUCCCUGGAAGGCAGGAGGCAGAUCGAAUCCCAGGUGACUUGGUUGGCUUCGGGAAGCUCGGUUUGCCGCUGCCCAAGAAGGCCGAACCUGAUGUCAAUAGCCGAUCCCUGGAUGCUGAGAUCAACAACGGACGAUUGGCGAUGGUGGCCAUCACUGGGAUGAUCUCCCAGAACGCCUUCUUCGGCACCACCGGGCCUGACAUGUGGCUGCCUUCCUCCGCCUUUGAAGGUGAGUUGGGUGUCCAGGCUCCCGUCGGAUUUUGGGAUCCUUUGGGCCUUUCAGCCGACGGCGAUGUUGACACCUUCAAGCGCCGCCGCGCCGCAGAGUUGAAGCACGGCCGCAUUUGCGCCUUGGAAGUUGUUGGCUACAUCGUGCCAGAGUACUUCCGCUGGCCCGGCUACCUGUCCCCUGAGAAGGGCAUCAAAUUUGCUGACAUGCCUCAUGGCAUUGCAGCAAUCUCCAAGGUGCCUCUGGAGGGUUGGGUUCAGAUCGUGCUCUUCUUGGGCCACUAUGAGGGCUACUUCUGGCGCCAGGACCCCAAGCGUGCCCCAGGUGACUAUGAAGGCUACGGCUUCCUGGGUGCGGGCAAGAACUUCAUCUUUAACUUUGACCCCAUUGAGUUCAAGGAUCCUGAGGUGAGGAAAACCAAGCUGUCGGCCGAGAUUGCCAACGGCCGCUUGGCCAUGGUUGCCUUGAUGGCAAUGCUCUUCCAAAACGGCACAGUGGGCACCACCGGCCCUGCAAUGUGGCUGCCUGCUGCCUAG